AUGGCGUCACUGGUGAAGCAGUUUAUUGAUUCGCUAGAUGGACAAGUGGUUGAACUUCCUGAUAUUGAAUUAGCCGAUCUUACUGAAGAUUCAGAGGCUACCUGGGCACAAAACAAAACAGAAAACGAGCAAACGGAUCAGACAGAAUUCUUGAAACGACGAAUAAUUGCAACUCAAGAACUAGGAGAUGAACGUUAUGUAGGUCAGAAAGUAUCAUCAAAAAAUGUUUUUACUGGUGGUAGAAUAUCCGAUCUAGCACACAUGAGAUUUGAUGCAAGCACUGAGGUCAGUGAAAAUCCAGAUAAUCAAAAAAACGAGGAAGACAGCAGUGAUAGUAAUAGUGUUGGCAAUAGUACGGAUCAAGAAUCAUUUUCUGCUAACGAUAAUGUUGAAAGUGAAGAGAGAGAAGAUUCUGAGCUUUCGCAGUCGAAGAAUAAGAAUGUUGUUGCCGACGGUGUCAUAACGAUCUUGAAUGAUACGCAACGUGGGAAAGCUGAAAGUGUUCAAAAGCAAUUGAUGAUUUGGGACCGAUUGAUGCAGUUGCAUAUCCUGUCACAUGCAGCACUGCGAAUAUUCAAUCAACUUCCAAGAGAUCAACUUGCCAAGAAGUUGCUGCAGUCAGCAGAUCUUGACACCAAAAAAAAUUGCAGAAUUAUGCAAAAGAAUUUGGAACAACUGAAUAAAAUAUUUACGACAAUGGAAGAUAAACUAUUAAAAUCAGCGAAGCAGACGAAAGGCUUUUCUGACGACAAUUGUGGAAAAAGAGUCGAAAAUUCAGACGAUGAAGAAAUUGAAAGUUUGAUCGAUUGUAAUGAAGAAGACGACAGUGCAAUAGAAUCUUAUACUAAAGAGAGUGAGGGAGAUUCUGAUAUAUGCUUGUCAAAUGCAAGCAUCACGCAAGAUAACGAAACAGUGAAUCGUGAUCAGGAGAUCUUAGGCAAAAGAAAGAAGCUAAUGCCGAAAGAAUUAACGAAGGAAUACGAAAAACGUCAUGAACGAUUUGCAGCAUUUCAAUCAUCCACAUUAUCAAAAUGGGACGAACGAACAACGCUGAAUACUAUCGGCAUAAUAAAAAACAGAAAGAAAGAUUUCAGUGGUUUUGAAUCUGUUGUGUUGAAGCAGAUUGAACAGAUAAUGAAUGAAAAACACCGAUUAUUACGUAGAACUCAAAUGAAGCGGCAUGAUGUUGAUCGAAUUGGUGGCGUUGAAGGCAAUGAUUACGAUGCAGAAAUAUUUGACGACGACGAUUUUUACCAACAGCUACUAAAGGAACUUAUUGAAAGGAAGUCAGCUAAUGUGGUUGAUCCUGUAGAAAUGAGCAGACAGUGGUUAGAAGUACAGAAAUUGCGACAGAAACGGUCAAAAAGAAGAAAAGUCGAUACGAAAGCGUCAAAGGGUCGUAAGAUACGAUAUGUAGUAAUCCCAAAACUGGUAAAUUUCUUUCCAUCGAUGGCUGAAAAGGCAACAUGGAGUCAUGAAAAAAGAAAUCAGUUGUUUAAGUCUUUGUUUUCCUCAUGA